GCGUGAAAAGCCCAGGAGUGUUGGGCAAUCGUGGUUUCCUCCCAGCCCGCAGGACCCAGCCGUGCCAGCCCAGCCCCAGGCGUCUUGGGGCCUCGUCUGCUCAGGCAUGGAGGAGACAGUGGUGAGGCCCUCGGUGUUCGUGGUGGAUGGACAGACAGACAUCCCUUUCACAAGGCUAGGGCACAGCCACAGGAGACAGCCCUGCAGUGCAGCCCGGCUGGGCCUGGGCCUCCUGCUGCUGCUGUUGGCGACCGGAGUGGCUGUCCAGGGCUGGUUCCUGCUGCAGCUGCACUGGCGCCUGGAGGUGAUAGCCGCCCCCCUGCAGGACAGAGGUGCAGGAUCCCGGGAUCAGCUGGUGCAAGAUCGGAGGCCCCAGCGGGCCAACCCGGCAGCACACCUCACAGGGGCCAACUCCAGCCUAACAGGCAGUGGAGGCCCGCUCCUGUGGGAGACGAAACUGGGCCUGGCCUUCUUGAGGGGCCUCACCUACCGGAACGGUGCCCUGGUCAUCGCCCAGGCCGGCUACUAUUACAUCUACUCCAAGGUGCAGCUGGGCGGUGUAGGCUGCCCCCAGGGGCUGACCGGCGGCCUGCCCAUCACCCACGGCCUCUUCAAGCGCACGGCCCGCUACCCCGAGGAGCUGGAGCUGCUGGUCAGCCGGCGGUCACCCUGCGGGCGAGCGAGCAGCCUCCAGGUCUGGUGGGACAGCAGCUUCCUGGGCGGAGUGGUCCACCUGGAUGCCGAGGAGGAGGUGGUGGUGCGCGUGCCCGAAGAGAGCCUGGUCCGAGUCCGCGAUGGUACGCGGUCCUACUUCGGGGCGUUCAUGGUGUGAAGGAAGGAGCCAGGGUAGACUGAACGGAGUCCGACAGACAGAGACCUCAGAGGGUGCCUCGGGAGACAGGAAAACCAACAAGCAGAGAUUUUGGAGUGUGCCCGGGAGAACCCCAAACUCAACAGGUGGAGAGCUAAGUGGAGACCACCGGGACCAAGAGCCCAGUUAUCCCACAGGUGAAAGACCCAGCAGGCACCUCUGAGGAACCAAAGGAGACCGCAGACCCUGCCAUGAACAACACUGAAGACAUAGACCUGGACACUUGGGGGGUCUGUUAGCCCCCAAGCGGGGGUAAAGCUGAUCUGCCUGAUAUUCAGGAAAAAGGGG